AAACAUUGAUCUGCAUUAUCUCCUUCCCUCAAUACAUAAAAACAUAUGCAACAAUAUUGUCAUCUAUGAAAUAGUAUUGCGUAUGGUUAUAUAAAAAGUUAGCUAUAUCUCCCAAUAUUUUUUCUAAAGUUAUCAUGAUGUAAUUGAUAAUAAUUAGGUUGUUGGUGCCGGAGUGUGGGAGUGAGAGAAAGAAAGUGCGCGCCUGACGUGACAGCGCGAAGCGAACAGUAAUCGUGGGCUAACGGUGUCUACACAAGCAUGUAACGUACCUCGGUGUAGCGAGUGCCUUUUUCUUAAACGCUUCACGUUCUCGGAGUAGAGCGGGAUCCAUUUUUACUUCUGUUUUUGUUUUCUAUGGAAUAAUUUAUAAUAUGUGGCUUCAAAGAUUUUGCAUUUAUGCUGUUUACAUAGUAGUUUUAUCAUUAUGUGUGUCUACUGCCGAAGAUCCUUCUCCGUGGAGAUGGUCGUGCGAGGACAAGCGCUGCGUGAAGACACGCAACGAUCCUCAGAAUAAAGACCCCGUACUGAGCUUGGAGGCCUGCAAAAUGUUCUGUAACGAUUACGGUCUACUAUGGCCCCAGCCAACAGGCAAGACAGACUUGGGCAACUUUUUGUCUAAGAUAAACAUCAACAACAUUGAUAUCAAGCUGAUGAAUGAGGGUAGGUCAGCAGACCUCGUGAAGGAAGCUGGAAACAGGUUCAAGAGUUUGGUGUCAAUGGCGAUACCAAGAGGCGUGUCGCCGAAGUCAACUGGAAAAGCCGUCUCUGUACUUCUGUAUAAUGAAAACCCUGAUGUCAGAGGUAAGUGACUUUUGUUUCAGGUUC